UGAAUAUGAUAUCAUCCAUAAUCCUAAGAGAAGAUGUACCAAUAUAUUAGAUGGGUGUAUAUUAAUUUUACUAUAUGCGAACUGAAUACAAAAGGCUUCAUGAUAAGUCCCUACAAAUACAACCAAAAUCCUUCUCCUUUGUUGAUAACAACGUCGAUUACAUAUCCAUUUAUGAAAGCACUAUCAAAUAAAUAGACUUACAAAUUUAAAAAAGCGAUGUUCAAAUAAAUUUCUCUUCUGAUGGUUUAGCAAAUGCAAUAGUGUGUGCAUAUUUAAUUGACAAAGGCUUCGAUUUAGAUUCAGCUUUUUUUGUAAUAGUAUAUAAUUAAUAGGAUAGCUGAUGACAGAUUACCUAGUAAUUGGACAGCCUUAUGUUCAGUAUUUGAAUAGUUUAAAAAGAUUUGAGGCUUAAUUAUAAUCUGAACCAAGCUUGAAUAGAAGUUCUAUAAUUCUAAACUCAGAAAUGGAUUUAGAGAAAACUAUAUAAAAUUCUAUUGUUCAAUCUGAGAUUCUCAACUUUCCAAUAUUUAGCUAAAGAUUAAUUGAAACCUAGAGGUAUUAUUUUAUAUAUUAAUCAGAAACUCUUAAAUUCUACCUUCUGAAUAUUAAGCAACUUCUGAAAUCUACAAUCAAUAACCAAUCAGCUUUAUAUCAUUUGGAUAAUAGGAACUUUAAAAUAUCAUUGAAGAGUCUUAGAUCAAUAAAGUUUAAUCUUCAUAGAUUUUGAACAAAAAAUCAUGA